AUGACCACAUCAUUCCCCAACUCUGUUCGCCGUACCGACAAGAAAGGUCGCCUCGAAGACGUCAGUAGCAAGCCAACGCAUUCGUCAAAGUUCUGCCACGGCAAGGAACACGCCCGUUUCCAGCACCAAGGUAAUGGGAUUUGCUCUCUCGCUUAA